AUGAACAACCCGGAUUCUAGAGCUGGUGUCAGUUUAAAGCCUUGGUGCGUUGUGGUGCGCAUUAAGUUUCCGUAUAACACAAUUAUGAAAAUUAAUGAUUUGCCCGAUGGGCUACCAUUUGAUUUGCUUCGCCGUGUCCUCGCAGAAGAGUGCUCUGAUAAUGUUAAAAAUAUAAAGUUGUUUUACAACAAUGAUUUAAUAAGAAGUGGAGUUACACCGAAAAGACUUUUCAAAGACCUGAGUGUUGUUCCGGAAAUAGAGUGCCGUUUCAAACAUCCUUCUCAAACAACUAAAAUUCACUUAGGAAGGAGAAUAUGCAAGCUUUCUCGUACAGAUGAUAUUACGGUUUAUGUUUACAAGGGAGAUGAAAAAUUAAAGGAUAGACAACCAGAUAAUCUGGAGGUGAAUCUAGUUAAAAAAACCUUUUUGGGUGGUUAUCGGAGAAAAUCAGAUCAGGUUCUUUUUCACCAUGCCACGUCUCAAACGGCCCCAAAGCCUCCCGAAGAUUCACCUAUCCCACUUUUCUCAAGAGAAACACAAACGUAUGCAGUAAAGCACGAGGAACAGGAAACACUCCAUCAAGCCACAACGGCGAUGACGAAACCCGGUUUUUUUGUAACCAAUAUUAAUGAUAAAGAGAUAACACCCGGACCAUACGAAACUGCAGACGAGUAUAGAACGCGGCUUAACCGAUGUGCAAUUGUCAUACAAAGGCAUGUACGUUGUUGGCUUGCCAAACGUAGAGUUGCUCGCCUUCGUACGCUUCGAGAUGAAUAUUAUAAGUUCGUCAAGGAAGAGGAACGGGUAUACCUUCAAGAAAAAGCUAAUGGGUUGGAUCUUGAUUACAAAAGACGUGCUACUCCGAAAACACGAUAUGACAUUGAUAGACUGUUUAAUGCCCUUGAAGAAUGGCACGUUAAUAAGGUGAAUAAUGCUUAUAGGAACUCAAGUACUCUAGUUAUCAGGAAGGCAAAUAUGGGUUUAGUUCUCGACAAGGAAGUUGAAUUUAUCAAAAAAAUUACCCAAAAGCAAAUUGAACUAUCUGAUUAUGGGAAAAUGCGAGAGCAAGAACACUUCAUCGAAAAAGCUGCUUCAACAGUUUGUUGGAGGGAUAUGAAGGGACGAGGCCCCGUGGAAAAGGAUACCCCAUAUACUCUUUUUGGAAAAAGUCUCCUAACCUUAUACGAAGAUCUGAAGUCCAGUAGUCUUAGUAAGACUGAACGGAUGGACUUACUUCUUACAGUUAAGAAGUUAGCUGGGAAGUACCCAUCCUCACUAAGUUGUGACAUCGUGAUGCUUGCGGAGCGAGAGACGGAGUUGAUGCUUCGAAACAUUCCGGUUCCUAUGCUAACUGGCUUGCGUCAGCGUAUCCUCCAGCGCUUCAUACAAUUUUGCAAGGUUCCUGAAUAUAACCCCGCAGUGGCACCGUUCCUCCCGAUUCCUGAUAAAAAUGAUCCGAAUGCUCGCACAAAAAUGUGGAAAGACACUCAUCGAUGUAUUUCCUGCGGAGGAUACCUUCAGAUCGCAAAGUUUGGUGUUAGUGCACGAGCUAAGCAUUUAGACGUUUGCUUAUUUUGCUGGAGACAGGGAAACCGUGGAAGGGAUCGGGUAGACCUGGAACCCUAUCGACUAAUCCUUGAAGAUCUUCAAAAAUCGGAAGCUGAGCUGAUCCGCAAGGCCCAUCGCAACAAAAAAGCUGAACUGCGGGAAAUGGAGCUUGUUGCUCUCGAUGAGGCCGAUAUUUAUUUUCUUGUAAACAAAAUUUGGAAUGGCCGAUCUGCUCUUUCCGGAUGUUCGGAACUUGGUGAUUUGACGCUUUGCCGAUGGAAGGUCACGGAACCGUGGUCACCAUGGAAUACGCUAUUAUUAACGAAAAAGGAAGCCGAUCUGCACAUGAAACUCAAUAAUAUCCCAUCAUCUUUACUCUAUGCUGAUACCAUGUUGACUCGAGUACGUCAGCGACUUGUAAUUGGCAAGAAUGUAUUUGUGCGACUCUGUUUGAUAGGGCGCAAUAUGACCAGAGAACAACUGGAGUCUACCGAGAAGUUCCGACAUCCUGGAGAUAAAAAUGAACGUCCUCAGAUGGAGAGGCGACUGUGCAAAUCUAGUGGCAGGCCAGUGUAUCUGCUUUCAGCUGAACAACGACACAAAUCGACGUUUGAGCUGCCUCAGGUUUUGCUUCCUGUGAUCAAAGGGGAAAGGAGAAUGACAGAUUUAGGAAUCACUAGCCUCCAGGAAUUGUGGCCUAUAUAA